UGGUCAUUUGGGAUGAACACUACGUAGUGGACUGCACGCGCCCAUGUUUGAUGCAGUCCCGACUGCGAACCGAGGUUCUAUCGGGCGGCCAACCUGCCAGCCAUCGCCCCGGGGCUGUACUGGUGGGAGCCAGGCCGGCUGCAUCGAGGCAGAACCCGGCGGCAUCUUCCUCGCCCACGUGCGAAUCGAUGCCGGAUUGGCUUGGCUGCCUUCCAUUGGCGCGCGGAGAUGGCCGCCUUCACAUGGGAGAACAGCGACUGCGGGCCCUCGUGCGCUCGAUGACCGACCUUGACAACCUGGAAGCUGAUUGCGCUUCCCUUUUGGUGUUGCGCCCAUCCCUCCGGACACAGAAGGCUCUUUUAUACCGCAAGGUGGGUAAGAGCCCGGCGCCCAGUACCGUGGGCAUUGCUCAAAUGGGCCUUGUCCGCGCGACCGAGAGGGUCCAUAUGCCCAUUUAUACUACUGUACUUGGUUUCCAAGCUCUUGCGGACGCUCGUGACGAAAGGGGCCGUCUGUUUCCGAGCUGGCUGGGGCGUGACUCAGUCGUCGCGGCACAGAACGCGGCGUGAGACGUCUGGGUAAAGGUUGGAUCUCGCUGCCUCCCCUCUCAUCACCCUCAGUCUCUUCCCGCUAGCACGGGCAAGCGUCGACUCGCCUGUACCUGUGAGCUGUGCGUGCAUGGGCAUCUGCGGCAUCAUGUGGACGAACCUCGACAAAUUUACACUUUGAGGUCGUGGAGUGUCUUGAGAGACAGGGCAUUUUUAUUUGGCAAGGACCAGAUAGGCAACGCGAUGCAUACUCGGCUCAGUCUUCGUCAAUGUCGAUUGAAAACCCGCGCAAGGAGAAGGAGACAGCAAGCCCGUGCGUCACCCCGUCCGGCACGGCAGUGGCGUCUCGGCUGCUCCUGCCGCACAAGGUGGUCGACCUCGACAGUCGACCUCAACACCAAUCACCACUCCGGCCCCCAUCUCCACCUCCGUCUAGUAUACGCAUUCACACAUAUCCAAAGGAACCCAAGACUCACGCGUCCCCCGCUGUCUGGUCCACUAACUGAAGCUUUAGCCGCUUGUCAGCAGAUUGCAGCCCAUGAUGGCACCCGACCCUCUCUGUCGGCCUCGCUCCCCGCCAACCCUCGAUCCUGGGACCCCCCCGGUCGCCUCGCGAAGCCCGGUAGGCCCUGAAACCAGCGCUGCGACACUAAAGCCCCCCUCCGCUGCGGCUCCAUUGUCGCACUUUGGUCGAUCUCGCCACUCGACCAGGUCGUUUCUCCAGCCACAGGCAUCAUAAUUCUACACCGGACGCGGGGCGCUGCCGUGGCCUCCCGUGUCCAACCCGUGCCCAAUCCGUCUCCAACGGAGCAAGGGGUGCCGCGUCACAACCUGGUGGUGAGGCACGCACCGGUGUUCCAUGCUGCACGCUCACACGGGCCUCGCGCGAGACGGGCUUUCUUGACCCUUCAGGCGAUCCGUUGUUUUGAAUGCCAAGAUAUGGCGGCAAACGUUCGGCCCUACGGCCAGACUCCCGCCACGACCGCUUCUUACUCUUCGCCCGGUCUUCUCCAGAAGGUUCAUGUUUGACACGCUCAAGCCCCUGAGGAACCAUGGACUAUUGCCCUCACCGCCCUCGGUUGAGUUCCCUCUCUCGCCACCAGUCCUGCCUGUCGUGUGCCAAAGGCCCCUAGCGGCUGUCAUGACAUCCGUUUGCUGGCUGCCUCCCCUGUCCGAGGACAUCCUCCCAGCCUCGGGGACCCUUACUUGCUCGUGUCUUCCAACCCUCUGACCUUUGUUUUUCCUGCAAAUACUUCUUCGCGGCCUAUACCACGUGCUCCUUGUUUUUACUUUCGCCUCGCUCUUGUCCGUCUUGCGAAGGGCCGGCCCCUUCUUUCAUGAUUGCUCGGGAGGCUCAUACUCAUGGUGAAUCAACCAGCCUGGCUUACUGCUCUCGUUUGACCCCCAAGGCAUCGCCAAUCUAAACCGGGACGCGCGAAGUAGACUGGUUACUGCCAUGUGUUGAAGCGCCCGUGCUUACAGCCACUUUCACCACCGCCAGUCGUCACAAAGAUCUCACCCUUGGCCGUGCCCACCAAGAGAAUGGUUCCGCUGAUGGAUCAAGUCGCUGGCCAUCUGGCCCGUGACGAGGGUCUUACAACACCCAAGUUCACUGGAUUCCCUGCGUGGACGCUCGGGGACGAGAGCGAGGAUGAGGCUGGAGCCGAGGGCCCCCAAGCGAGACAUAAGAAAGGAAAACGUCGUGCAAUAGAGCGAAGAAGCUCGUUACCGCCCAGUGCGGCCGACAGCGCCUUACGACUUGGCUCUCCACACCGGCGCUCAUCGUCUAAAAGAGGUCUACUGAGAAACGUUGUCGAGCCAAUAGUGAGCAAAUUGGGUGGCGAUAAAUCGGAACCCGAGUCCAGCGACCACGACAAAAGCAGUCCAGAAAGUGAGCCGCCGACACCAACAGCCAGCUCGGCUCCUACUGCCAAUCCGCCGCCUUCGCUACCCCCUCCGCCGACUAGCCUUCCCUCGCCCUCAAACCGUCCUCAAUCCAAGUUCUUUACUCCGCAAGUGACGAGCACCUCAUACCGUACCAAGGAGUCGGCGCGUCCAAGCAAUGCCCUGCCCGUCAACAACGCAGAUGAUAAAUCGUCGCAAUAUGUGACGUCGAUGGCAGCUACCCAGUCGUACUACAGUCCGUCCGCCACGUCUAUGCUUGAGAGCGUCACGAGUAUCAGUACCUCCAGCGCGGCACCGAUUACCACGAAGCCAGACAAGAUAGAAGACCAUCCCUCUCAUGCUCAUGACAACCUCCAUGCCAGCACAGAGAAGGCUCUCAUUGCCGUGGGCUCCAUCGGCGCUACAAUCAUCGUCUUCUUUGUUGUUUGGGUUAGCUGGAAGUGUUUCAAAAUGCGACGGGGCAAAAAGCAUUCUGAUAAUUGGCUGCCGGCAACCUUCUCGCUCGAGAGAUCCAAACAGAUUGCUGUCAACCUGGCUUCUCGAGUUCCCGUCCUGAAGGACAAGGUGGCGAAGCGGACCUGGUCCAACCUGGAGAAACCGUAUGACGAAGCUUACUGGGAAAAGCAACUGCCUUACUCAGGGGCCACGACCGGGAAUCCCGGGGGCAUCACCGUGCAUACUGCAAUCGUCAGGGAGAGCGUGGUUGACGACAACCCAGGGGCUGCUGGUCUCUCCCGUCACGGUCCGAGCCAGUCCAUGUCGUCAACUCAGCCGCAGUUCAACAACACGCUCCGCUCAAACUACCAAGUCGCCAAUGGCCGGAUGAGCGAGAUCUCGUCGCUCUCGUCCGGUUUCGGUGAUGGAGAUAUCAUCAUGCCGCCGCCCAACAGCAAGACGACCGUCACGGCGGCACGCCUCCCCGUGCCGCCACCCGCGGCGACGCGCUCCAGCGUCAGCGAGAUGUCGCAACGGCGCGAAACCACGUACACGGAGGCAUCCGAGGACCCAGUGCCGCGAUUCCGCAGCAUCAACUCGUGGGUGAGGCAGCAGACGGGACGAGUGAAGCGCGCCAAGCAGCGCGAAGUUGCGGCCAGCGAUGCGCCCCCGGUGCCGAACAUGCCUCCCGAGCAAGACUUCAAGCUCAUGAUGCCAGACGGCGAAGAACCACGAAGGGCGCAAAUGGAAGCAUCGCAACGCGACGGACGUGAAGAUGCGAGCGAACCGUAGCGCCUGGAACAGUACAAUCUACGUCGCGGCCGUACGCUUAAGGGAUCAACGUCCAAUGGUAGCACAUGUGCCUGUAAUAAGAAUAAAAAAGGUCUAGAUACUAGUAUACUCCGUAAUGGUGUAGUGUACGAAGUAUUGUAUUACGCCGCGCGCGGGCAGCCAAUCUGGUCUAUCCUCG